UUCCCCUCACGUGGUGAAAACAUGGAGGAGCUCGCUGCUGCGACCCCUUGAGCAAAAUAAACCAGUUUUCUCCUGAUAUCAGCGGCAAAGAGGAAGGACCAACCAGGCGACAGGUUUAUAAUAAUAAUAAUAAUAAUAAGCAGCAGCUUGUUAAAAGGUUCCCAAAGUGGUGCUGCGCGUUGGCAGCUGAGGACCUUCCUCCAUCAUGGCUCUGUACGUGGCCGCCGCACAGAUCCUAGAGAAAGCAGAGCGGAAGCAAGGCGCCCUGAAGACUCUGGUUUACGACAGCAAGUUUGCGAACAUCAAGCAGCUCUUCGCGCUGGUUUGCGAGACGCAGAAGUUUUCCUCCGUCCUGCAGGAGAUCAUCGAGUCCACCAAGCUGCUGAAGCUCACCAAGCUGAAGAUGCCCCUGGCCAAAGUGCUGCUGUACGACCUGCUGAUUGGCCAGGGCCUGAAGUGCGGCGGCACCUGGAAGGCCAACAUGAUGAAGCACCGGGCCCGCCUGCAGGCGGAGCUGGCCCGCAUGAAGGUGAAGAGGAAGGUCAGCCGGAACGAAGACCUCCUCCCUGCUGGGCCUCCCGCGGACCAGCUGCCCAGGUAUGUGCGUGUGAACACACUGAAGACCACCGUGGGGGACGCUGUGGACUACCUGAAGAGGGAGGGCUUCUCCUACCUGGGUCAGGCUGUGAGGCUGGAUAACUUAACCCUGAAGAAUAAGGACUUUGUGUUGGACCUGCACCUCCCAGAGGUCCUGGCGUUCCCCCCUAACACAGACUUCCAUGACCACUUCCUGUACAAAGCAGGUCACAUCAUCCUGCAGGACAAAGCCAGCUGCCUCCCAGCGUAUCUGCUCCACCCCCCACCGGGUAGCCACGUCAUCGACGCCUGUGCUGCCCCUGGCAACAAAACCAGCCACCUGGCAGCCAUCAUGAAGAACAGAGGAAGGUUGUUUGCAUUUGACCUGGAUGGGAAGCGGUUGAGCACCAUGUCCACUCUGCUGCUCAGAGCGGGGGUCAGCUGUCACCAGCUGGCCAAUCGGGACUUCCUAACGGUGGACCCUGAUGAUCCACAGUAUAAAGAUGUGGAGUACAUCCUGCUGGAUCCAUCCUGCAGCGGUUCAGGUAUGGUGUGUCUGCGGGACGGCUCUGUUGCCGACCAGGAGGAGGAAAAGGCUCGCCUGGUGGCGCUGGCCUCCUUCCAGCUGCGCUGCCUGAAUCACAGCCUCAGGUUCCCCCGCCUGAAGCGCCUGGUCUACUCCACCUGCUCCACCCACAGCCAGGAGAACGAGGAAGUCGUCGCCGCCUGUCUGCAGCAGAACCCCAACUUCAGGUUGGUGCCGCUGCUGGCUCAGUGGCCUGAACGAGGACUGGAGCCGCUCUCGCAGUGUUUACGGGCCAGUACCACCAAGACUCUCACACAUGGCUUUUUUGUGGCCCUGCUGGAAAAAGUUAGUGAUGCUAGGGGCAUAAAGAAGAAACCUGCAGUUCCAGCAAGUGAGGCUGAGAGUUUUCCUCCUGCUCCCUCUGCUGAUGCAAAAAUACCUGCUGCUACUGAGGAAAACUCUGACUGCUCGGAUGCAGAGGAGAUGCUGACAUCUGCAGUGGGAGAAAUCAAUGAUUCAUCCAGCAAGAAAAGAAGGAGAAAAAGAAAAAGGAAGAAGAAGAAGGCAACCAAAGCAGACUGACAUUUUAAAUAAAUUUUGUGCAAAUGUGAAGUAAAGAUAAUUUCUUACUCAA